AUGGGGAGCGAUCCGACUCGAGUGAUGGUGGCUGUGAACGAUUCGACGAUAAAGGGUUACCCUCACCCUUCGAUUAGUAGCAAAAGAGCAUUCGAAUGGACUCUGGAGAAGAUCGUCCGAUCAAACACUUCCGAUUUCAAGAUUCUAUUGAUCCAUGUCCAAGUGGUCGACGAAGACGGUUUUGAUGAAGUAGAUAGUGUAUAUGCUUCUCCUGAGGAUUUCCGAGAUUUGAGAGAGUCUAACAAGGCAAAAGGUCUUCACCUUCUCGAGUUUUUCGUUAAAAAAUGUCAUGAGAUUGGGGUUGGUUGCGAGGCCUGGAUUAAGAAAGGUGAUCCCAAGGAUGUGAUAUGCCAAGAAGUGAUUCGCGUCCGACCUGAUUUCCUGGUUUUGGGAAGUCGUGGUCUUGGCCGGUUCCAAAAGGUCUUUGUCGGGACUGUGAGUGCAUUCUGUGUGAAACAUGCUGAGUGUCCAGUCAUCACGAUCAAACGCAAUGCCGAUGAAACUCCCAGUGAUCCUGCUGAUGACUAA